AUGGCCACCAAACUACGCAUGCCCACACUCGCCUUCGCGGCGUUAUCCAUCUGCCUCAAUCUCGCCAUCAUCGGCUGUGCAGGCCAGACGAUAAACUUCUUCGUUACCGAGCAGAAGAUUAAUGUCUGGUUAUUACCCAUCUGGCCUAAUCACUUCGAUACACGCGAGCUACAGGCCUUGAUCGGGACAUCGGCGGCCAUUCUGGUGCUUAAUGUUGUGCUUGCUAUAUCAUUGUUCGUGAAGAAGCUCCCAGCAAAUGUCAUCGUUCUCGCCACCUCGAUCCUAAGCGUUGUUUGCUCACUUAUCGCUAUCAUUUUCCCGACUAUCGUGAACGGUCAAGCACCUGGGAGAGAUACUCUUCAAACCUGGACCUGUCGAUGGAGCAGCACUUCUAUCAACCGUGGCCAAGGUCCACCAUCAGGCUUCGAUACUAUCUGCCAUGAAACACGCUUCGCCUUCUACACAACAAUCCCCGUCUUCAUCCUGCAGCUCCUGCUCCUCUUCCUCGCACUCUACACCCUCGCCACAGCUCGUUCGAGCACUAGAGAAAGGGGAGUCGUGUCGGAUGUGGAGAAGAGUCAAAGUCAGCAUGAAUUGGGUGAGGUGAGGAAUCAUAGCUUCGAUACGAAGAACAGUGGAAGUCCGCAGAGUAGGCAGGAGGGGGUUAUGGGAGCUAAGGGUGUUUCUUUCGCUUAG